UUCGCUUCGAACAAAGAUAAAACCAGCGACGUGCGAUCGCGAACCGUUUACGCAGCGUGUUUGAAAAGUGUAUUAUUAAAGGGGAUUUAAAAAAUUACAAAUAAUAAAUAUACCCAGCGCGAAAACUAGACUUUCUGGUGACUCCCAGUGAAGCAUGUCCAGUGCCCAAGUGUCGCAGCAGCCGCCACCGCCGCCGCUGACCACCACCGUCGUUGCCAGUGGGAACUCCUCGAUGCCGUCGCAACUCCUGCUUAGCCACAUCCACCAGCACCAGCAUCAGCACCACAGCAGUAGCAAUAGCAGCAGCCAUCAUCUGCAUCGCCAGCGUUCCCCGCCAGCUGCCCAGGACUACGACCAGAGCAGCAGUCACUCCACACUCUCACCCAGAUCCCAGUCCCACGAUCCCAGUCCCAGUCCGCCGGCAGCAAGUCCCAGCCACUCCACGGCCACUACAGGCUCGCUCAGCGCCUAUGCACCGGGAUUGAGUCCCAGUGGUGGUGUCCAGGACAGCUCUCCAGCGGAUAAUAGUCAGAGUCAUCAAAUCGCCCAAGGCAUGCCUCUCCUGGUUGCUCCCUUGCCAGUGGGUACAGCUCCACAGCCACCGCCGCCGCCACAUGCUCGUCUCUACGUCGAGGGAUUCCCGCCACCACCGCCACAUCAUGUGCCACAUCCGCAUCCCGCACUGGGUGCCUAUCCCCUGCCACGUCUUCCCCUCACUGCGGUCAUGAUGCCGGGAAAUGUGCCACCAACAGCAGCGCCAGGAGCAGCUCCUCCACAGCUCUCGCCACAGCCGCCUGGCAAUCAUCUGGGUCACAGUGGAGCCACCAUGGGAACCACUCUCCUGCCACCUGCCCAAAGUCAGCCCAAGAAGUCCUUCUGCAUCGACGCUUUGCUUGCCAAGAGCCAGCAUCAGGCGGGUGAGCCGCAACCCAUCAAUGUGGAUGGUCAUCUGGCCGCCAUCCAUUAUGCCCGGCAUCAGGCGGAGCUGAACCACGACUUUGUGGCUGCCUCCAAUGCGGCAGCGGCGGCUCAUGUGGUUGCCGCAGCCGCCGGCGGAAUCAGCGAACAGGAGGCACUGCAGCGCAUCCGAGAGUCUCGGGAGUACGAUUCACCCAGUCCCGACGGCAUGUCAAGAUCCGAAUCGCCGAGCUCUUCGCAUCGUUCCAGCCCGCCCAUCAGUCCGGGAUGUGAGGAUCAGCAGCCCCAGGGCGGUGGCCUCCAUCCACAUCACCUGUCCAUGCGCAUGUCCGAUCUCCACGAUGAGUUCAAGAAGCCGGUGCCACCGCAUAGUCCCAUCCGGCCGCAGGACUUCCCACUCUAUGCGGGAGGACAUCCCUACCAGCUGCUGGCACAGGGCGGUUCCGCCUUCCACAGACCUCUGGACCCAUCAGGAAAGCCUAUACCGAUCCCCAUGGGUCACAAUUUUAUGCCCUCGCAGCUGCAAUUUGAGUUCCUGGCCCGCGCUGGAAUGCUCCACCAUCGCAUCCCCGAACUGGCAGCGUAUCCGCAUCAUGCCAUUCUGGGGAAGACCCGGAGACCACGUACCGCCUUCACCUCCCAGCAGCUGCUCGAGCUGGAGAAGCAGUUCAAGCAGAACAAGUAUCUCAGCCGUCCCAAACGCUUCGAGGUGGCCAGCGGACUGAUGCUCUCGGAGACGCAGGUGAAGAUCUGGUUCCAGAACCGCCGGAUGAAGUGGAAGCGGUCCAAGAAGGCCCAGCAGGAGGCCAAGGAGCGGGCCAAAGCCCAGCAGCAGCAGCAAUCGCAGUCGCAGGCACAGCAGUCGCAGCCGAGUGCCGCCAGUUAGGAGGAGUAGCAUUAAGGAGGAGAUGGUGACCUGGAGGAGGCUCCAAUCUAGUCAUGCCGCGAUCAAACCGCCGUCCCACCCAUUACCCUAACUAACAAACACUUGGAACGCGCGCGACACCCUGUUUUUCGUUUGCGCAAUCCGUUGAAAUCUGUUUUCAUUUCGGUUCCGAUUGCCAUUUAUUAUUAUUUUUAUUUUGUGCCAACACAAAGCGGGGCACUGUGUGAUAUAUGUAAACAAGAAAUAUAAAUUAAAUUCAUUAGCCUCCCCAGCCCCACACCUACUACAAGCCCCUGUAUGUACAUAAACAUAAAUCUAAAUAGGAACAUAACAAUAAGUAACAAAGUAAUCAUAAAUCUUAACUACUUGAAUAAUGCUUAAGUAAAUAAAUUACAUUAAAUGCGGUUAAGUUUAGUUGGGCAACUUGUAAUUUGCUUGUGUAAUUUGUGUAAAUAACUGUAAUUACGUAAUUGUAGUAUUUAAAAUUAACAAAAACCACACACACACACAGCAAUGGUGG